GCAGGAAAGGCAGGAAAUGUCAAGAGAAGACUUUGCUUUGCCACAAACAACAGAGCAACUCCAGCCCUGCAGAAGAUCCUGUUUGCCAUAGAGCGGAGUCGUCCGGGACAGAAAGACAGACACGGGCACAGAGAGGAGGGUCAUGGAGAACUAAGGGGUUGCCCAGACACAGAUAUAGAGAAAAAAAACACAGGAAUAAAAGGAAAACGUGAGUAGACAAAAGGGUUUGGAGGAGAGAUUGUGUCCUCUCUUGGACACCUCUCUUGGAGCUAUGGCAGAUAACAGCACUCAUCCUAUUGUGGAAAUACUGGAGUCUUUUGGAUUGAGAGAUGUCAUACUGGCCUUCUGUCUUUCUAUGGUUGUUGGUCUACUGCUAGGUGCGCUGGUCUACAUGACUUUGACCUGGAUGUCUCGCCGUCGGGCCUCGGCAACAAUCACACGCCUCCCCGUCCACCGUUCCACCACCCGUUCUUCCUCACCGCCAUCUCGUUCUGGCUUCAGUCAACACAGCAGCAGCUACGACAGACGCAGCAAUAACAGCCUGGCCAGUGCUGCCUUUUCUUUCCAUCGACAGACCUCUUCCUCACCAACAGACUAUGGCGACUUGCCGGGCCGCAAAUCUAGUUUCCGGACCUCCACCUUCCAUCCUCUUCUCCAGUGCAGUCAGAUCGCUCGCGAGGCAGAGGAGGGUGCCCAGGGAAGCCACCCACAGACCCCAGCUCUCACUACAAGCCCCGGGGUGGCCGGUUUAACCAACACUGUGAGUUCUAUGAUUACUCCACCCAGAGCCAGGAACAGACCAGAUUCCUUCUGGAGCAACAGCAAUCUUAGGGGCUUCCAUGCUGGCCAGACCCCACCACCUGCCUAUGACAGUAUCAUACGAGCCUAUCAGGAGACGACCACAUGAAAGAGAACACAAUAAUAUGGUUGGGAGAAGACAAAUAUAUGCAUAGGCUUGGACUAAAUUGGACAAUAGGAAUUUCAGUUCCCAGUUUCUUUGGGGGCUUCUAAACUCAGUCAUGGCAAGUUUCCCAAAGAUGUUGUGUUAUAUUUAUGUGGGUUGUUGUGUAUGUGCUCAAUUGUGGUUGUGCAUACAAGUGUUGAAUGAUUUAAAAUGCAUGAGAACGAAAGAGAGAGAAGUAGAAAUAUAAAAGAAAAAGCCAGAGAUAUAGAAGGUCAGGGUGGGGUUGCAAUAAAUCUUACUUAAGUUGUAUUUUGAUAAACAGCCAUUUAUUGUAAACAGUCAUUUAAAAUAAUUUUGCCACAAACUCAUUGGAUUAAGUCUUUAUUCGGUUUUAUAGGAACUCUAGUCUUUUAAACCCUUGUAAACAUUCCUCAGCCAAAAUAUCCUCAUAGGAAUAAACUUUUUUCAUUGCUA